AUUCUUACUCUUUGCUCUGCAAUUCUUAAAAUCCCCCAAAUUUCGCCGUAUCUCCUCCGGUCCAGAAUCGAACCAGGAAGAAGCGAGCCCUCCUCUUUUCCUUGUUUUUUGUACUGUGUAUGUAAUUUAAUUCCAUUUUCGCUCUUCAAUUCUCUCUUGUUUACUUGUAUUGUUCUUGAUUUGAGUCUGAAGAAUUGCUAUAUAAAUAAAAAGAAAAAUCUCAAUUUGUUGAUCGUCAUGAUGAGUGUUGAUGUUGUCUCUCCCAUUUUGAAUAAUAUUGAUAAUCUUCAUGGGUCUUAUCUUAAGAGGGCUAGAGCGUUUGAUUUCGAUUACUUUGACCUAGGGUUUUUAGAUCAGAGGCCUAAAAGGUUUAAGGGUUUAGAGACCGAUCUUGGUGUCAAACCCAUGCCUUCUGAUUUUAGAUUUGGGUAUGUACCCAAGGGAGUAGCGCUUAAGGAUGAUGAAAUCGAACGAUUACGUAAUAAAAACACUAAUCGUCUAUUGAAUCGUAAGAAACUUCAUCUUGUUCUUGAUCUAGAUCACACCCUCCUCAAUACUGCUUCCUUUGAUGAUCUGUCACCCGACGAGGAGUAUUUGAGGACCCAAACCCAGUCUGCUCAUGGUUUGCAGUAUGUUAACAUUGUCGACGCUCAGCAGAUUGUGACCAAGAUUAGGCCCUUCAUUAGGAAUUUCCUUGUUCAAGCUGAUCUGAUGUUUGAGCUGUCCAUAUACACCAUGGGUGCUCGAGAGUAUGCUCUCGAAAUGGUUAAGCUGCUUGACCCCGGCAAUGUUCUUUUCGGGGGUAGGAUCAUUUCGCGUAGUGAGAGCACGGUGCCGGAUAGGAAGAGUCUAGACGCCUUACUCGCCCGCGAUUCGGCUGUUGUUAUCCUUGAUGAUACGAAGAAUGUAUGGACUGGUGAGGACAAGGAGAAUGUUAUAGUAGUGCCUAGGUACCAUUUCUUUAGAGCUAGUCGCCAGAAGUUUGGCCUCGGUGAUGGUAAGUCGUAUGCUGAGUUGAAUAGUGAUGAACCGCGCGAUUCUUCUUAUCUCGCAAAUGUGCUUCAAGUUCUUAGGGAUGUCCACACCAGAUUCUUUGAUGAGGCUGAGUUGCAGGGGUGUGAUAUUAUUGAUAGGGAUGUGAGGUCUGUGUUGAAAUCGCGUAAGAAGGAAGUCUUGAAGGGCUGUAAAAUUGUAUUCAGCCAUGUUAUCCCCUUAGGAGUCAAGGCUGAAACUCAUCCUUUGUGGAAGAUGGCGGAGCAAUUGGGUGCUACUUGUACAACAGAAGCCGAUGCAUCAGUCACACAUGUAGUUGCAGCAGAUGCUCGAACGCAGAAAUCGUAUUGGGCAGUUAGUGCAGGAAAGUUUUUGGUGAAUCCGCAAUGGAUUCAUACUUCAAAUUUUACAUGGCAAAAGGAACCUGAAAAAGACUUUCCCUGCCAUUAGUUAACCACCAACAAUGAGCAACUCUUAACUUGGCUGACCUACCUGAACCUGACCCGUAAUAGUGGCAACUAUAUGAACAUGAGAAU